AUGCGAACUUGCUAUUAUGAACUUCUUGAAGUAGAUCACAAAGUGCCCACAGAAGAGAUAAAAAAGGCAUACCGUAGGAAAGCUUUAGAAUGGCAUCCUGAUAAAAAUUAUCAUAGAGUUGAAGAAGCUACAGAAAAAUUUGCUCUUAUUCAGGAAGCUUAUGAAGUUUUAUCCGAUUUUCAUGAAAGAGCAUGGUAUGACGGUCAUCGAGAUGCCAUUUUAAGAGAAGGCAAGUUUGAAUAUGAUGAUAUUUAUGAAGAAAAUGACUAUUAUGAUGAAAAUAGUGCAAGAGGAAGGUUUAGAACGACUGUUCAGGGAACUAGAGCUGAAGAUAUAAUGAGAUUUAUCACCGCAGCAUGUUAUCGUGGAUUUGAUGACAGUGCAAAAGGUUUUUACACAGUGUAUAGAACGAUAUUUCAAAAAUUAGCAGAUGAAGAAGCGGAUGCUUUUGCACAUGAUCGCGGUGAAGAUGCCGAUGAUUUUUAUCCGUAUCCAUCGUUUGGUGAUAGCACAAUAUCAUUUGAUUCAUUUGACUUGAAAAGUGGGAAUCCGGUUAAAAACUUUUAUACAGCAUGGAUGAAUUUCUCCACACAAAAAAGUUUUAGAUGGUUUGAUAAAUAUCGAAUAUCAGAGGCACCAGAUCGAUUUAUUAAGAGAACUAUGGAAAAGGAAAAUAAAAAAUCACGGGACCUCGCUCGCAAAGAAUAUAAUGAUACCGUUCUGACUUUGGUUGAAUUUGUGAAAAAAAGGGAUCCACGAUAUAAGGCGUUGAUCGAAGCUGCAGAAUUAAGAAAAGAAGCACAGAUUACAGAAGCUAAAUUAAAAGGUAUACGCGAGCGUGCGGAACAGGUGCUGAAUGAUGAAUAUUUUUGUGUGGCAUGUAAUAAGAGCUUCAAAAAUGAAAAUGCAUGGAAAAAUCAUGAAAAGAGUAAGAAGCAUGUUAAAAAUGUGGAAUUAUUGAAAGAAGAGAUGUAUGAAGAGGAUGAAGAACUAAUAAGUAACGUUGAAACGGAUAAUUCGGAAAAUGAACUAAAAUUUGAAAAUGUUUCUUCCAUAUCACAAAACGGUCAUCAGAAUAUAAACCAAGAUAAAAGGGAUAGCGAUGAGGAGGAAGGUAGUGAUCCACUCGCUCUCAAGAAAGGAUUUAAAAAGAACAAAAAACAAAAGAAGAAACAGAAGACUCCCAAUUGGGGUUAUGCUGAUGAAGAAAAAUUAAUUUUAACAAAGGAAAAGUCACCCAAAAAUGGCGUAACUAAAGAUACGGCAAGUGUAGUUGAUAUGUCCGAAUCAUUAGAAAAAACAAAAAUAAACUCUCGUGGAGGCUUUGAAUCAGAUGAAGAUUCAGGAACAACCCCAUAUUUUUUAAAAGAUGAGGACAAUAUAGAUCAAAACGAGCGUGAAACAUUUCAAACUAGAAAUAAGUUAUUUGACCACAUCAAAGUGACUAAUCACGCUUUGGGAGAAUCAGUUAAAUCGGGUAAAAAGAAAAAGAAAAAUGCAAGGUAA